CACAUUCACAUCCCAGCCUGUCACUAGCACAUCCGAAGACGAGCAUGGCGCAAAGGGGGCCACCCGUGUCUCUAACAGGGACCGUCCCCAGGACAGCCCUUAGCCUGGCGCUGCUGCUGCUGCUCCUCCUCGGUGCCUGCUGGGCUGCGCGCCCCUCGGAGCAGUUGGGCGGCCAGAGCCCCAGCUGGGUGACCCGGGCAAGAAGGAACCCGCGGGAGCUGCUGUUCCGCGGCGGAGGCGGCGGCCGGGAGGAGGCUGGGGCGCUGGGGGCUGCUGCGGGGAGUCGCUCCAGGAGAGCAUCCUCCACCUCCUCCCGCCCGGCCAGGGAGCAGGUCUCUCUGAUCAGCACCUCCUUCGUGCUCAAAGGGGACGCGUCGCACAACCAGGCGAUGGUGCACUGGACGGGCGAGAACAGCAGUGUGAUUCUGAUCCUUACCAAGUAUUACCAUACUGACAUGGGGAAGGUGCUGGAGAGCUCUUUGUGGAGGUCAUCAGAUUUUGGAACAUUAUAUACAAAGCUGAAUCUGCAGCCCGGGAUUACUACCGUCAUUGACAAUUUCUACAUUUGUCCCACCAACAAAAAAAAGAUAAUUCUUGUGAGUUCUUCACAUAAUGACCGGGACCAGAGUCUUUUCAUGAGCAUCGAUGAAGGAGCCACUUUUCAAAAGCAGCCCAUUACCUUCUUUGUGGAAACCCUGGUUUUUCACCCAAAAGAUGAGGAUAAAGUGAUUGCUUACACCAAGGAAGGCAAGCUCUAUGUGUCAGUUGACUUGGGGAAAAAAUGGACUCUUCUACAGGAACGAGUGUCAAAAGACCAUAUUUUCUGGGCCGUUGCCGGAGUUGACAGAGACCUUGAUUUGGUUCAUAUGGAAAUCCAGGACCCCAGUGGAGGUUAUCGCUACAUCACCUGUCAGAUUCAGAAUUGCUCUGAUAAAACACCAACAGUCCAGUUUGCUGGCAGCAUCGACCAGGAUUCCUUGACUGUGCAGGAUGACUACAUAUUCCUCCAGACAACAUCAGCAAAUCGAACUAAAUAUUAUGUCUCUUACCGUCGAAAUGACUUCAUACAGAUGAAGCUACCAAAAUACGCAUUGCCAAAGGAUUUACAGAUUAUCAGUACAGAUGAAAACCAAGUAUUUGUGGCUGUUCAAGAAUGGUACCAGACAGACACGUACAACCUGUACCAAUCUGACCCACAGGGUGUAUACUACUCCAUUUUACUAGAGAAUGUCAGGAGCACUAAGCAGCCAGAAGAGAAUGUCCUGAUAGAUAUUCUGGAGGUCAGAGGUGUUAAAGGAGUAUUUUUGGCCAAUCAGAAAAUUGAUGGGAAAGUUACAACUCUAAUAACCUACAACAAAGGCCGUGACUGGGACUAUCUGACCCCUCCAAUUUCUGAUAUGAAUGGUAAACCAACCAACUGCAAACCUCCUGAUUGCCAUCUUCAUCUCCAUCUCCGCUGGGCAGACAAUCCAUAUGUGUCAGGAACAGUCCAUACCAAGGACACUGCACCAGGGCUCAUAAUGGGGGCAGGUAAUCUGGGCUCCCAGCUGGUUGAGUAUAAAGAAGAAAUGUACAUAACAUCUGAUUGUGGGAAUACCUGGCGGCAGGUCUUUGAAGAAGAACAUCACAUCUUGUAUCUGGACCAUGGUGGAGUCAUUGUGGCCAUCAAAGACACUUCUAUUCCUCUGAAAAUACUCAAGUUCAGCAUAGAUGAAGGUCAGACAUGGAGUACACAUAAUUUCACCAGUACGUCAGUCUUCGUAGAUGGGCUACUCAGUGAACCUGGAGAUGAGACAUUAGUCAUGACAGUCUUUGGACACAUCAGUUAUCGUUCAGACUGGGAGCUGGUGAAAGUAGACUUCAGACCAUCUUUCCCUAGGGAGUGCACAGAAGAUGACUAUGAAUCUUGGGACCUCACAGAUCUACAGGGUGAUCGCUGCAUCAUGGGUCAGCAGAGAAGUUUUCGGAAGAGGAAGAUUUCAUCCUGGUGCAUUAAAGGGAGGAGUGUCACAUCUGCUCUCACAUCCAAAGUUUGCGAGUGUACAAACUCUGAUUUCUUAUGUGAUUAUGGAUUUGAACGUUCAGCACCUCUGAAAUCAGAAUCCAGCAAGUGCUUUGCUAACUUUUGGUUUAAUCCAGAAUCACCCCCUGAAGAUUGCGUAUUAGGGCGGGCCUAUGCGAGCAGCACAGGGUACAGGAAAGUGGUGUCUAAUGUAUGUGAAGGUGGUAUCGACUUGCAGCAGAAUCUAGCCCAGCAUAUGUGUCCACUGAUCGCUCCCAAAAGACUGCAGAUCAGCAUUAAAGGAGAGAGCCUGGCUGUUAAACCUGGAGAGGAUGUCACCUUUGUAGUCACACAAGACCAGGGAGAUAUUCUAAAUACCAAGUACCAGGUGGACCUUGGGGAUGGCUUUAAGGCAAUAUACGUGAACCUCACAAUGACAGGGGAACCCAUUCGGCACCGUUAUGAGAACCCUGGGAUUUACCGUGUCUCAGUCAGGGCUGAGAAUGUUGCCGGGCAUGAGGAAGCAGUGGUGUUUGUUCAAGUUAAUUCUCCACUGCAGGCUUUACAUCUAGAAGUGGUUCCAGUCAUUGGGAGAAACCAGGAGGUGAAUUUGACAGCCAUCGUAUUGCCCAAGAACCCUAACUUGACAGUCUUCUACUGGUGGAUAGGAAAUAAUCUUCAGCCACUUCUCACUUUGGACAGUUUUUUGGUGACAAGAUUUGCUGAGACAGGUGAGGUGAGAGUUACAGUGCAGGCCUCCUGUGGGAACUCCAUGCUGCAGGAUUCCAAGAUUGUCCAAGUUUUUGAUCAUUUUCAAGUUCUUUCUCUAAAGUUUACUAAACAUCUGGACAUGUACAACCCCAACAUACCAGAGUGGAGGGAAGACAUAGGCCUGGUAGUAACACGACUUCUUGCAAAGGAAACUAAUAUCCCUGAAGAAACACUGGUGACUGUGGUGAAACCUGGUCUGCCCACAACUGCUGAUUUGCUUGUGCUGCUUCCAGCGAACCAGCCAAAGCGGAAGAGAAGUAUAACUAGUGAUAAGAGAAUAGCUGCUAUAAAGCAGGCCUUGAAUGCACAUAACAUCAGCUUCUUCCUGAGGGAAGGAUACUGGGUCUUAGUGACGUUAGCCAGCUCUGAUUCAGACUCUCAGAGGAUUGGAGGAGGCAAUGGAUACUGGGCUAUAGUGGUUCUCUUUGUUAUCUGUCUAGUUGUAGUUGGGGCCUUCAUUCUUUACAAGUUUAAAAGGAAACUGCCAGGCAGAAAUGUCUAUGCCCAGAUGCACAACGAAAAGGAACAGGAGAUGACCAGCCCUGUUAAUCACAGUGAGGACACCCAGAACAUCAUCCAGGGUGAGGAGUUUAUUGAUGAUGAUCUGGAUUCUCAGACGCUAGGUAAUGCAAGAGUGACUCCUUCUGGGAGAGGUGGAAACUUGAACAGCUACAGAGUUCCCUUAUUGCUGAUGCCGGUCAGUGUCCAAUCCCAGGCAGUCACUCAGGCGUGGUUUUGAGCAUUAACUCCAGAGAGAUGCACAGUUACCUGGUUAGCUGAUGUUUACAGCUGAACGCAAAAACUGAAAGACUCUUCUCUGUAUUGUUUAAUUUUUCCCUGGGGAUGUCACCAAAUUGCAAACAUGGCUGUACCUGCUGGUGGAAAGUAGGUUCCUAAACAGUCUUGAAACUACAAGUGUCCAUCAUCUGUUACUGUAUACUGGGAACUAGUUACAAUUCAAACUCAAACUAAGGUAGCACAUUUGUAGCCCUAGGCACACUAGAUGCCACAUUUUCUCUUUUCUGUAUAUGUUCUAGUUCUUUAUGUUCAGUUUUAGAAGGACUGGACUUCAGUUCCUUUUAUUGGCUGGGGUGUUCAAUGGAAAACUGAAAUUCAGCAGCCUUGAAGAGUUGACUUUAAAAACCAGUGACUAGUAAGUACAAAGCAGAUGGCUG